AAAAGAAUAAUUCUAUUUUCUGCAGACCUACCUUGGCAAUGGGUUCUGUUUAUGUAAUAAGUAAAGGUCGAAGCUAAUAUUUGGAAAUAAUAACAUUAAGCCUUAAUUAGAGAUUUCAAUCAAGAAAGCCAUUACUUAAAUAAUGGCUGGUCUUGCACGCAUUUCUCCAUCUUUUGCAGCUUCUGUUUCCAGAGGACAGAGCCUGCCAUUUCUCUCAGCUUUCGUCAGAACGAAUGCUACAGAAGCUACUAAAACAGAAAAGAAAACCUAUGGCCCUCUAAAAGACUCAGACAGAAUUUUCACAAAUUUGUAUGGUCGUUAUGACUUCAAACUAAAAGGAGCUAAAUCAAGGGGUGCUUGGUACAAAACUAAAGAGAUAAUACUUAAAGGCCAUGAAUGGAUAUUAAAAGAGAUAACAACAUCUGGCUUGAGAGGCAGAGGUGGAGCUGGCUUUCCUACAGGAAUGAAAUGGGGAUUUAUGAAUAAACCAUCAGAUGGCAGGCCCAAGUACCUUGUUGUGAAUGCAGAUGAAGGGGAACCAGGCACAUGUAAAGAUCGAGAAAUCAUGAGGCAUGACCCCCAUAAGCUGAUUGAAGGGUGUCUGAUUGCAGGUGUUGCUAUGCAUGCUAGAGCAGCUUAUAUCUACAUUAGAGGGGAGUUCUAUAAUGAGGCUUCUAAUCUCCAAGUGGCCAUCAAUGAGGCCUACCAUGCAGGACUUAUUGGCAAAAAUGCUUGUGGAAGUGGAUAUGACUUUGAUGUUUUUGUGCAUAGAGGUGCUGGAGCCUACAUCUGUGGGGAAGAAACGGCACUGAUCGAGUCCAUUGAAGGUAAGCAAGGCAAGCCUCGUCUCAAGCCACCCUUCCCUGCAGAUGUGGGGGUGUUUGGUUGUCCAACAACUGUGUCCAAUGUGGAGACUGUUGCAGUGGCUCCAGAUAUUUGUAGGCGUGGCGGGACGUGGUUCGCUGGCUUUGGCAGGGAGCGCAAUCGUGGUACCAAGCUGUUUAACAUUUCUGGACACGUCAACAACCCAACAACAGUGGAGGAGGAAAUGUCCAUCCCCUUGAAGGAUUUAAUCGAACGACAUGCUGGAGGUGUUAUUGGAGGCUGGGAUAACCUGCUGGCUGUUAUCCCAGGAGGUUCAUCAACACCACUCAUACCUAAAUCGGUGUGUGAGGAUGUUCUGAUGGACUUUGACGACUUGAUCAGGACACAGACUGGACUUGGCACUGCUGCAGUCAUUGUCAUGAAUAAACAAGCUGACGUUGUCAGGUGUAUUGCUCGCUUGAUUGACUUCUAUAAGCACGAGAGCUGUGGACAGUGCACACCCUGCCGUGAAGGUGUCAGCUGGAUGAUGAAGGUCAUGCACAGAUUCCAAACUGGCAAUGCACAGAAAGAUGAGAUUGACAUGUUGUAUGAGAUAAGCAAGCAGAUUGAAGGCCACACAAUUUGUGCUCUCGGAGAUGGUGCUGCAUGGCCUGUUCAGGGCUUGAUUCGCCACUUCAGACCAGAGUUAGAAAGGAGAAUGGAGGAGCAUGCAAGACAGAAGGCCGCUCAAGUUCGCAAUUGAUACAGAAAAUUUCCUAGUGUUUAAGUUAGAAUAAACCUUUAUGUAUUCUUUGACUUUGGUGGUCUGGUGAAUUUUUUGACAGGAUACUGGUGAUGUCUGAAGCUGCUAAUAAUACACAAGUUUUGUAGAAAGGAAUAUAAUGGUAUUUGUUUUAGUGGAUUUAAGGCAAGGUAGUGUUAUAAUCAUUGAGAAUGGUUCAAUAACUUUCAUUGUGUUGUAUAUGAAGAGAGUGAGGUAUACAACUAGUUGUGUUGGUUUAAGAGUUAAUUGUUGUAUAUUUUAACAAAUAACAGCUUGUAACGAUUCAGAAUAAAUCAACUAUUACUUCC